AUGUCCAGCCAAACCCAUCGUCAGAGUAACUACAAGAACAAAAAUCUUUUCAAGAACGAUGAACUGCGUCGAAGGCGAGAAGAACAACAGGUCGAAAUCAGAAAGGCCAAGCGAGAGGAAUGUGUGGCCAAGAGACGUAACUACCAAGUCGAUGCCAGCGGCCCUGAUUCCGACGAUGAAAGCGUCGCCACUGCCCUCGACUCUCAGCUCCAGGAACAACUACCGCUGAUGGUCCGAGGUGUCUUCUCGGACACCGUAGACGAACAACUGGAUGCAACGACCAAGUUUCGGAAGUUGCUCUCGAAAGAAAGGAACCCGCCGAUCGAGAAGGUGAUCGACUGUGGAGUCGUCACUCGCUUUGUGGAAUUUUUGAGAAGCCCUCACUCGAUGAUUCAGUUUGAAGCCGCAUGGGCAUUGACAAAUAUCGCCUCGGGAACGUCUGCCCACACCACCGUUGUGAUCGAAGCCGGAGCGGUGCCGAUCUUCAUCGAGCUACUCUCCUCACAGGUCCUCGAUGUCCGUGAGCAGGCCGUCUGGGCACUCGGAAACAUUGCGGGUGAUAGCCCAACCUGUCGAGACUAUGUCUUGGCCCAAGGCGCGCUCCAGCCACUGCUCGCUCUGCUCAACGAGAAUCAUAAGCUCAGUAUGCUCAGGAACGCCACCUGGACACUCUCCAACUUCUGUCGUGGAAAGAACCCUCAACCCGACUGGGAACUGAUUUCUCCCGCCCUGAGCGUAUUGACUAAGUUGAUCUACUCGAUGGAUGACGAAGUUCUGAUUGAUGCGUGCUGGGCCAUCUCAUACCUAUCUGAUGGCUCGAAUGACAAGAUCCAGACUGUGAUUGAGUCCGGUGUUGUUCGCCGAUUGGUCGAUCUGCUCAUGCAUCCAUCGACUGCCGUCCAAACACCAGCCCUUCGAUCGGUCGGCAACAUCGUCACAGGCGACGACUUGCAAACCCAAGUGGUGAUUGCAUCGGGAGCCCUGGGGGCGCUUCUCUCCCUACUCUCGUCAUCGAAGGAUGGGAUCCGAAAGGAAGCCUGCUGGACGAUCUCAAACAUCACCGCUGGCUCGCCGCACCAGAUCCAGGCAGUGAUCGAGGCCGGGAUCAUCCCCCCGCUGAUCAACAUCCUCCAGAACGCGGACUUCAAGACCAAGAAGGAGGCUGCUUGGGCGAUCUCGAAUGCGACCAGUGGCGGCCUCCAGGAGCCCCAGCAGAUCCGCUAUCUCGUCGAACAGGGCUGCAUCAAGCCCCUCUGCGACCUCUUGAAGGCCUUGGAUAACAAGAUCAUCCAGGUCGCCCUCGACGGUCUCGACAACAUCCUCAAGGUCGGCGACGCCGAUAAGGAGGAACAUAACGGCGUCAAUCUCUAUGCUACCUACAUCGAAGAAGCCGGCGGGAUGCACACCAUCCACAACCUCCAACACCACGAAAACCUGGACAUCUACAAGAAAUGCUUCUACAUCAUGGACAAAUAUUACACGGAUGAAGAUGGAGAAGAGACGGGGAUCGGCGGGCCUACGACCGACGAGACGGGCGCAUUCGCCUUCCAGAGCGACGUCGCUGCGCCCCAGGGCGGGUUCUCAUUCGGCCUCAACGAGGCCGCGCCUUCUGGGGACGGUGGCGCAGGCAAUCCUGCGCCCGACCAAAACAUGUCUUGA